AUGGUUGUUGCCAAUAAUCAGCGCUGGUUGACUUGUGCAAGGGACGAUGAGGACGCAUGGAAAUGCAUUCUACUGGCGAGAUCGCUUCGUCAAGCACUGACGACUCGUUUGACGGGCGUCUUCAUUUCAGACGAGGUGUCGGAAAUGCUAAGGGACAAGCUUCAAGAUGAGUUUGAUGUGUGCUCUCUGAUUGGAGAAAAGCGGAUGAAGCAAUACCCAAACUUUCCGUUCGCCACGGUUGCUAAACUGUCUGCGUGGGGUCUUCGAGGAAUUAAGAAAUUCGUGUUUUUGGAUUGCAACUCGUUGGUGAUUAAGAAUGCUGAUGAGCUUUUUCGUGGAAAUGGGAUUCGAAUGAUGACAGGCAGUGACAAAAUUGGUCUAAUUGUUGGAAACCCUGAUUUGGACAAGGGUUCAUCAUACAGGGAACUGGAAAUGAUCUUGCAGUACGAGGAAGGUAUUUCCAGUGACCAAAAUUUCUCAUCCGUGUUUCCUUUAUUGGGUGUGGAAUACGGUUUAGAAAUGAGCUGGGGAACGGGAAAAUCUUGGUCGACCCCUAUUACCGGAGAUGAAUGUAAGAUCGUGUACUUUUGCGACGGUCAUCCCAUGAAUUCCCCAACGUUUGGGGAUGACGAGUGGGAAGACCUCGGGCUUGGAGCAGUGGAAAAAGUCAUACUGAACCUUUGUGAAAAACUACUGCCUGAAAAAUUAGGAAAAAUAGGAUCAGUGGGGACUUUGGGGACGUUUGAACCAACCCAAUAUGAAAAUUUGUGUGACUCGAUUGCAAUUAUCGGAAUGUCUUCACGAUUUCCUGGAGCAAACUCGAUCGAUGAAUUUUGGAAACUGUUGGAGGCAGGAGAUGAAGGGAUUUGUCGCGUACCGGAUGGGCGAUGGACUAAAGAUAAUGCAAUUAUCCGGUUAACUGACGUGCGAAAGACGCAAGCUGGUUUCUUAUCAUGUCCCAUAGAUCAAUUUGACGCAAAGUUUUUCAACAUAAACUCGGCUGACAUGGCCUUCAUGGAUCCACAGCAGCGAAUGACUCUUCAGAUCGGUAGGCUCAGCAGAAUUAUCACAGAUAUGUUUUUCAAUUAUAUAAUUCUAUAA